AUGCAACCAUCUGGAAUCAUGAACCAAAGCUCUGUCCGUCGCAACCUAUUUCAUGGGAACCUCAGCCGCCGACCUGCUUCCGCAGGACCACCUAAUGGCGCAGUUCCUCAAAGCCACAACGGCCUUUCCAAUCGCCCUUCACACCGGCUGAAGCCUACAUCCUCGGACUCGGGGCCACAUACUCGACCAUUCAAAAUUGUGGAGAACAAAGAUAUCGUAGUUCGGGACAAGAAUGGCAGCUACAAGCUUGAAAUUCCAACAUUGCCGCAGGCUCUGGUUGGAGAGGAUGGAGAGGAGCUGGCUGAACUUGCGCCGGAGGAUGGAGGGUUCGUUUCUUCAGAGCUCACUGGGCGUGACAAAGAGAAGUUCGAGGCGGCUCUUGUGGAGAUGAUGGUUCGGCACCGGACCAGACAAUCGAACGGUGAACCUGAUGAGAUUCUAAAUAUGGUUCACGAGAGCCUACGCAAAAAGGCAGCAUCAUUGGAUGACGACAAUUGGAUGUUUGAGCCUGAGAAGGACUCGAUUUCUAACUAG